AUGAAGAAUUACACAGAAGUGACUGAGUUUACCUUACUGGGAAUCCCUCACACAGAGGGUCUGGAGACUAUACUCUUUGUCCUCUUCUUUUUCAUCUACCUCUUUACCCUGAUAGGGAACUCACUCAUUCUCAUGGCCAUCUUAUCCUCUUCUCGCCUUCACACUCCCAUGUAUUUUUUCUUGGGACUUUUAUCUAUUUUUGAUGUAUUUUUCCCUUCAGUGACCUCUCCAAAAAUGCUAUUGUAUCUCUCAGGGCAAAGUCAAACUAUCUCUUAUAGGGGUUGUGCCUCUCAGCUCUUCUUCUACCAUUUUUUGGGGUGUACUGAGGGUGUUCUAUAUUCUGUAAUGGCUUAUGAUCGUUUUGUUGCCAUCUGUCACCCACUGAGAUAUACAGUCAUUAUGAACCCCAGACUUUGUGUGGUCCUGGUUAUCAUUGCCUGUUUGAUGGGUUGUACUGAUGCCACCAUUUUGACUACAUUCACUUUUUCAUUACCCUACUGUGGCCCAAAUGAAGUGGGUUAUUACUUCUGUGACAUUCCUGCUGUCUUACCCCUUGCCUGUGCUGACAGCUCCCUAGCCCAGAGGGUAGGUUUCACUAACGUUGGUCUUCUGGCAUUAACAUUAUUUUUCACUAUUCUUGUCUCCUAUACCCGCAUUGGGAUAGCCAUUUUGAGAAUUCGUUCAAGUGAAGGCAGGCGCAAGGCCUUCUCCACUUGCAGUGCCCAUCUCACUGCAAUUAUGUGUGCCUAUGGACCAGUUAUCAUUAUCUAUCUACAGUCUACACCCAAUCCCUUGCUUGGUGCUGUGGUUCAAAUAUUGAAUAACCUUGUCUCCCCUAUGCUGAACUCUUUAAUCUAUUCUUUGAGGAAUAAGGAAGUAAAGAGAGCCUUGAAAAAAGUGUUGGAUAGAUCAGGAAUCAUUGUAAAGGUAUAA